ACCUUUUUAAUGAUUUAGCCCUUAUUUGUAUACCGAGAGCAACUACCGGCAAUCUGCAAUUUGCAGCCGAUCAUCACUCGAUUCAUCUUUGCAGGUAACAUUUGCUAUAAGGAAAUAUGGCAACUAUUAGAAAUCUGAAAAUCAAGACAGCAGCAUGCAAGCGUAUUGUCAAGGAGCUACACUCUUAUGAGAAAGAGGUUGAGAGGGAAGCAGCCAAAACGGCUGACAUGAAGGAGAAGGGUGCUGAUCCUUAUGAUCUUAAACAACAGGAAAAUGUGUUGGCUGAAUCAAGGAUGAUGAUUCCUGACUGUCGCAAACGCCUUGAGUCCUCGCUAGCUGACCUAAAAGGAAUAUUGGCUGAGCUGGAAGAAGCAAACCAAAAGGAAGGACCCGAAGUCACUGAAGCUGAAACCACUGUUGUUGACAUCGAGAAGCUAUUUGAAACAACACAAUCUUAGAAUGUACUUUACAAAUCCUAGAUACUCCUAUUCAUAUUCUGUGUUUGUUUUGCUGAUGGCUAUCUAGUUUUUCAUCCCGACAUCUUUACUUGUCUACAGUCAGGUGCAGGGAGAAAUUUGAAUGUUUGAAACCUGUCAUAAUAAGACACUAACUUUGCUGUUUGCACAAUGUAAUUGUUGUUAAAAGUCUGGUUUCUGCAAUAUGGAUAUGUUGUUCUUAA